CAAAGCCAAAUCAUCCCGGGCCUUCAGCUUCAGCGAUGGAAUCCCGACCCAGCAGGAUAGAGUGUUCAGAACUCUCCAAGCAGACCGAGCCGAAGAACCCCGGCCGGGUGUUCCACACCGAGCGCGUCGCCCCGAGGGACGCCGCGGAGUCGGUAACCGAGCAGCUCGCGCACGGCGGUAGCGGCGACGACGGCGUGAUCGACGAGACGUACGACAGCAGGGUCAAGAUCGGUGAGGCGCUGGAAGGGUCGGCCAGGGCCAUCGGGGACAAGCCCGUGGAGCGGUCCGACGCCGCGGCGAUACGCGUCGCGGAGGCGAGCGCCCUCGGGGGCGAUGCGGAGCGCGGGGCGAUCCCGGGCGGGGUGGCCGAGCGCGCGCAGGCCGCGGUGGCGACCAACGCCCGCGCCGUGCGCGACGAGGAGAAAGUCACCAUGACCGACGUGCUGACGUGGGAGGCAACGAUGAAGCUGCCGACGGGCAAGGCAGUGACUAGCGAGGUCGCUGCGGCGGCGGCAGAGGCGGAGGCGGCGAACGAUCCACAAGCGAAGACGAACCCCCGUGGGGUGAGCGCGGCGCUGGACAUGGCGGCGAAGCACAAUUCUGAACACGAGCCCGCGGCUUGAAUAGGACACGGCCUUUCCGGAUUUAGCAGCUAUAAGCAGGAUUAAUAUUGAUCAUAGUCCAAACUCUGCCCAUGGACUUCCUCAACGCUCGAGUCGGAUUGUAUACUACCGAAUGAUGAAGUAAUCUUUGCACUAUAUGCUCGUGGAAA